AUGACUAUGUUUCUCCCUGUGGGGAGGAUUUCUCUGGGCAUUUUGAUACUUUUCCUGACAGGAGGAAACCUUGUAUCAGCCUCAGAAGAGAGACAAGAACCCAUGCUUGCAGUCUCUGUCCUCUCACCUGAGAAGUCAACAGAUCUUUCCCUGCCUACCAGGAAGAGACAGCUUUUGGAUGCCACGGAGACUGGGAGGAGAUGGCUGCUUAGAAGGCGGCGAUCUAUUCUGUUCCCAAAUGGAGUAAAAAUUUGCCCCAGUGAAACUGUUGCAGAGGCUGUGGCAAGUCAUGUGAAGUAUUUUAAAGCCCGAGUGUGCCAGGAAGCCAUCUGGGAAGCCUUCAGGACGUUUUGGGAUCGACUUCCUGGGCGUGACGAAUAUCGUCACUGGAUGAAUUUAUGUGAGGAUGGAGUCACAAGUGUAUUUGAAAUGGGCGCCCACUUUAGUCAGUCUAUGGAACACAGAAACGUAAUCAUGAAGAAACUGAAUUACACAAGGGAAACUGAGAGCAGCUCCUGCAAGGAUCAGUCCUGUGGGCCUGAGUUGUCCUUUCCAGUUCCUAUUGGCGAGACCUCAACACUGACAGGUCCUGUCUUCAGUGCUUCAUAUCCAGGCUUGGCUUCAGAGAGCAGUGCAGCGUCACCUCAGGAAAGUAUCAGCAAUGAAAUUGAGAAUGUGACAGAGGAGCCCACACAACCAGCUGCUGAACAGAUUGCAGAAUUCAGCAUCCAACUUCUGGGGAAGCGAUACAGUGAAGAACUGCAGGAUCCCUCCAGCGCCCUCUACCGGCUCCUUGUGGAAGAGUUUAUUUCAGAGGUUGAAAAAGCAUUCACAGGGUUACCCGGCUACAAGGACAUCCGUGUUCUGGAAUUCAGGGCCCCGGAGGAAAAUGACAGUGGGAUAGAUGUUCACUAUGCAGUUACCUUCAAUGGCGAAGCCAUCAGCAAUACCACCUGGGACCUCAUAAGCCUUCACUCCAACAAGGUAGAAAACCAUGGCCUUGUAGAGAUGGAUGAUAAACCCACGGCUGUCUAUACAAUUAGUAACUUCAGAGAUUAUAUCGCUGAGACGCUGCACCAGAACCUUUUGAUGGGAAAUUCCUCUUUGAAUCCCGAUCCCAAGUCUCUCCAGCUCAUCAAUGUGAGAGGAGUUUUGCUCCCCCAAACAGAAGACAUAGUUUGGAACACCCAAAGUUCAAGUCUUCAGGUGACAACAUCCUCUAUUUUGGAUAAUACCCUUCAAGCUGAAUGGCUCUCAGCAGAUGAAUCCUCCUCCACCACCACCAACACUACCACUACCACCACCACCACCACCACCAUUUCACCAUUUGGUUUCAGCUCCGGUUCUCCCUCAGCCACUGGCAGGGAACUCCAGUCAGAAAGUGCUUUGGGUGAUGUAGUGUCUACAUCCAAGUUAGCUUCUCCCACGAAGGUGGUCCUCAGUUCUCUCCCAGAGAUUUUAGGGGGUGGCAGCUUGACUCUUCAUUCUGUUACCCCAGCAGUGCUUCAGACUGACCUGCCUGUGGCUCCUGAGGGAAGGACUUCUGGAUCUUCCAUAUUAGAAGAUGGGUUAGCCAGCACUGAAGAAUUAGAAGAUACUUCUAUUGAUGGAUUGCCUUCAAGCCCAUUAAUUCAACCUGUGCCAAAAGAAACAGUACCAACUAUGGAAGACUCUGACAUGACUCUCUUGCCCACACCACCUCUGACCUCUUCUGCUAUAGAAGACCUUACUAAAGGCAUAGCGACACCUUCUGGCUUGGAGUCCUUGGCUUCCAAUGUCUCAGACCAGUUGGAAGUGAUCCCAUGGUUUCCAGACACCUCUGUGGAAAAAGACUUCAUUUUUGAAAGUGGCUUGGGUUCCGGGUCUGGGAAAGAUGAGGAUGUGAUUGAUUGGCCAUGGAGUGAGACUUCAUUAGAGAAGACCACUAAACCACUGUCAAAGUCAUGGUCUGAAGAGCAGGAUGCACUAUUACCAACUGAGGGUAGAGAAAAAUUACAUAUAGAUGGCAGAGUAGAUUCCACAGAACACAUUAUUGAACCAUCAGGACAUAGAUAUGGAGAUAGGCCCAUACAUUUUAUAGAGGAAGAAUCCCAUGUUAGAUCUACUAUACCCAUCUUUGUAGAGUCCGCAACUCUACCUACAUCUCUAAUCUUUUCAAAACACACUUCAGAUGUACCAGACUCACUUACCAAACCACCCUUCUUACCGGUAACUAUAGCAACCCCUGCUCCCACCAAGAAAACAGAUGAGGUAUUCAAGGAAGAUAUGGUACAUACAGAAUCAUCCAGUCACAAAGAACUUGGCAGUGAGGUUCCAGUGUCAAGGCCAGAUAUGCAGCCUGUGUGGACCAUGUUGCCAGAAUCAGAUACAGUUUGGACAAGAACUUCUUCCUUAGGGAAAUUGCCCAGAGACACAUUGGCAAGUACACCAGAGAGCACUGACAGACUCUGGUUGAAAGCUUCCAUGACACAGUCCACUGAAUUGCCUUCAACCACCCACUCCACCCAUCUAGAGGAGGAAGUAAUAAUGGCGGUCCAGGAUAUUUCAUUAGAACUAGAUCAGGUAGGCACAGAUUACUAUCAGCCUGAGCUAACUGAAGAACAAAAUGGCAAGGCUGACAGCUAUGUGGAAAUGUCUACCAGUGUUCACUACACAGAGAUGCCUAUUGUGGCUCUGCCCACAGAAGGAGGUGUCUUGAGUCACACCCAGACUGCAGGAGCAUUGGUGGUUUUCUUCAGCCUCCGCGUGACAAACAUGCUGUUUUCAGAAGACUUGUUUAACAAAAACUCGUUGGAAUAUAAAGCCCUGGAACAAAGAUUCUUAGAACUGCUGGUUCCCUAUCUCCAGUCAAAUCUGUCAGGGUUCCAGAACUUAGAAAUCCUGAACUUCAGAAAUGGCAGCAUUGUGGUGAACAGCCGAGUGAAGUUCGCCGAGUCUGUCCCUCCUAAUGUCAACAACGCCAUGUAUAUGAUUCUGGAAGACUUUUGUACCACUGCCUACCAAACCAUGAACUUGGAUAUCGAUAAGUACUCCCUGGAUGUGGAAUCAGGUGAUGAUGCCAACCCUUGCAAGUUUCAGGCCUGUAAUGAAUUUUCUGAGUGUUUGGUAAAUCCAUGGAGUGGAGAAGCAAAGUGCAAAUGCUACCCUGGGUACCUGAGUGUGGAUGAACUGCCUUGUCAAAGUCUCUGUGAUCUACAGCCUGACUUCUGCUUGAACGAUGGAAAGUGUGACAUUAUGCCUGGGCAUGGAGCCAUUUGUAGAUGCCGGGUUGGUUCAAACUGGUGGUAUCGAGGCCAACACUGUGAGGAGUUUGUGUCUGAGCCCUUUGUCAUAGGCAUCACUAUAGCCUCUGUGGUUAGCUUUCUCCUUGUUGCUUCUGCUGUCGUCUUCUUCCUUGUGAAGAUGCUUCAAGCUCAGAAUGUCAGGAGAGAAAGGCAGAGGCCCACCAGCUCCAGCAGGCACCCUGACAGCCUGUCAUCUGUUGAGAAUGCUAUGAAGUAUAACCCUGCAUAUGAGAGCCAUUUGGCUGGAUGUGAACUGUAUAAGAAACCCUACAGCCAACACCCCUUCUAUAGCUCUGCUAGUGAAGAGGUGAUUGGUGGUCUGAGCAGAGAAGAAAUCAGACAGAUGUAUGAAAGUAGCGACCUUUCCAAAGAGGAAAUUCAAGAGAGAAUGAGGAUUUUGGAACUCUAUGCUAAUGAUCCUGAGUUUGCAGCUUUUGUGAGAGAGCAUCAAAUGGAGGAGCUUUAACUUAAAUGCCUGAUUCUUGACACCAAUCAGAAGCUUGGAGGAGAUGGAGAAGGCUUGUUCUCUCUGCUGUUUAACUAAUCCAGAAGAAGAGUUUGCAUUGAAGAAUAAAUAAGGAAACAUGGGACGCACUUCUCAUUCCAACACUGCAGCUUAAGUUUUUGGAAUGGAGCAAAAAAAAAAAAAGUGAUGAAUUUUAUUUCUACAUUAAGAGAUGUGUCAAAAGAAAUUUAAAGUGGUGUGAACUCUGAUUUUGUAACAUAUUCUAAAAGCAAACAAAUAAAACAGAACCAAACCAAAAACUUAAAGCCAGACCUUGGAGUUGGGGCUGCAGUGCCUCUGACUCUGACUUUUUGAGAGCAUCUCUAAGAACUAUGGCCCAGGCUUUCUAGUAAGAACAUAAAGUGAGACUAAUGAGUAAAGCUUGGAAGGCGACUGUUUUGUGACAUACUUGUUAAAGUCAAAUGAGAUAGAGGAAGCUUUGAAGUAAUUUUAAUAUAGUUUAAACUCAAAUACUCAUCUAAAUAAAAAUUAGGCUUUUGGAACAGAUUGCUGAGUUAGGCAAUCUUUAGGUGCAGUAUAUCUUGUUUAUGUUUGAUGCUUGCUUCUAUCUGUUCUUGAGCUUCUUGAGCCCAUAGAUCAAGACUACAAUGCUCUUAAAUUAGUUAUGUCAAUAUUUGCCACAGCUUGGUCAUCAAUUUGGCACCCUUAAGAGGAAGCAAAUUGAGGAAUUAUUUUUAUCAGCUUGGCUUGUGGACAUACCAGUGGGCCAUUUUCUUCAUUAUUAAUUGAUGUAGAAAGGCCCAGCUCACUAUGGGUGGUACUAUCCUUAGGCAGGGGUUUGGGGAGUUAAGUUGCAUAAGAAAGGUAAAGCCAGCUACAAGAAGCCAGCCAAUAAGCACUUUCCUUUGUGGUUUCUUCUUCAAACUCCUGUCUUGGCUUCUCUUUAUGGUAGACUAUAACCUAUAAGCCAAAUAAACUCUUUCCUUCUGUCCUAGUUAGGGUUUCCAUUGUUGUGAAGAGACACCAUGACCAAGGCAACUCUUUUAAGGACAACAUUUAAUCGAGGCUGGCUUAUAGAUUGAGGUUCAGUCCAUUAUCAUCAAAGCUGGAAGCAUGGCAGCAUCCAGGCAGUCAAGGCACUGGAGGAGCUGAGAGUUCUUCAUCUUCAUCCAAAGGGAAGCCAGGAGCAGAUUAGCUUUCAGGCAGCUAGGAUGAGGGUCUUAAAACACAUGCCCACAGUGACACACCUACUCUAACAAGGCCACACCUACUCCAACGAGGCCAUACUUUCAAAUAGUGCCACUCCCUGGGCAGAACAUAUUUAAACCACCAUACCUUCUCAAAGGUGCUUUUGAUUAAUGACAACAAAGAAAGCAAAUGAUUAUGAUGUCCUAUUCCUUAAGCUUUCAGGAAUAGUACCCAUGUGUGAGGUUUUCAUGGUUUCUAUUUUUCUUAUGCAAAAGUAAUCAUGGGGCUGUAAAGGUCUGAGUGUUAGGCAAAUACCAGGACAGACACUCUGGUUUUUAGAUGAGCUGACAGGCAAAGUUAUUACUUAGAUAUGUUCCCUGACUGCUUCUGAGGUAGGACAGUGUAGUGGGCAAUUCUAGGACCUUCUGUAGCUCCUGGCGUAGGAAUUUUGAAAACAGCACAUACCUACCUCACAUAAUGUCAGUGAUAUCAUUUGUUGCUUCUUUGUCUAAAGCUUGUUGUCUAGGUGAAAUCCCACCUACCAUAACAGGACAAAGCAAGAUAUUUUUAAAAUUGUGUAGGUUGGAAAAAUCUAUACUUUAUAAAUAGAAGUUAAAAAUGGAAGUUUUUCUCUUUUUACCUAUGGUGAUUUUGGAUGGAUAAUUUGGGUGAUAGGCUGUAAAGGCGAAUUAAUCAUGAUGAUUAAUUUAAAGAUACAUAGGCACUAGAUGAUUGUUAAUUCAAGCUAUUUCUGAGGACACAUUCAUGUUUGCAACAAAUCUCUCUAAGUUCAUUAGUUAUUUCAGACCAGGUAUAAAAUGGCUGCAGGAUAAAAUACCUGGUUCAUUUAUAUUUCUUAAAUCAGGGACUGUAAGUUUAAUAGUUAUGAGGUCAGCAAAAACUGGAGUUGGAAGAAUAGACAACUUACUUAGAAGAAAACAGUGAUUUAGGAGACUAACUUAUAUUUAUUAAAUUGGGAGGUUUUAGCCAAGAAAAAUGUGGGUCAGUUUCCCCCCACCCUCUCAAAUGUUUCCAAUGAUUCCAAGUAGAGAUAGGUGGGGCCAGCCUUCAUUAGUAACCCAGCUGCAGUGAAUCAGGCUUCUCAAUCAUUCUAUUCCCUAGUGUGUGAUCAAUGAAGAAAAAUGAUGUAAAGGUUACAGUCCUUAAACUGAGAGCAUUGUGUACGCAAAGUACCCUGCCCAGAGGUGGGGAGAUGGGAGGAUAUUAUAACAUAGUUGGUGAUGUAAAAAAA